UAGCAUAUUUGGACGUCGACCGUCUGUGGAUGCUUACUCCCCUCAACCAUCUGUGCUCCCUGUGUCAAAAUGGCUUGGCGGGUGACCGCGGAAGGCGUUAUCAAGAGUACGAUGACGUUGCCAGUGGAGGAAAUCAUGUUCGGAGAUUUCCUAGACAGGCUCUUCAGGCGACAUUCGGACAGAGUCGCCAUGAUUGACACCGAGACGGGACAACAAUAUACCUACGGCGAUCUACUCCGUAUGGUCAAAAGCAUCGCAGCAGGGCUGCAGGCGCGAGGUGUCAAACCUCACGAUAUUGUUGUUCUCUGCGCGAGAACCUCUGUCAAAUCUUGUUGCUACCUCUUGGCUCUGCUGUUCUGUCAGGCCACAAUCUUGGCGACAAAGCCAUCGUAUUCUGCCUAUGAGUUAAAGGGGGUGCUCGAGAGAUUCUCAUCUACGAAACUCGUGCUCGGCGACGAAAGUUCAUGCCCGAAUCUCCUCCAGGCUACGGACGGGGCUCUCGUAUUGAACUUGGAGGAAAACUGGGAUUUGAGUCGAGCCGCCGACUUCAAGCACCCUGGCGUAGCUGAUCCCAAAUCAUCUGUGAUGUUCAUGUGCCUCACAUCUGGCUCAACGGGACCUUCGAAAGCGGUCUGCAUUAGUCACUUCAAUUCGAUUGGUAAUCUCACGCAAUGGAAGACGUCUUUCAGCCGGCUAGUGAUGUGCAACCCGAUUUCGCACCUCAGCGGCGCCAUCUGUUUCUAUCUGACGAUCGGAAAUGCAGAAACCGUCUUCAUGGCACCGGAGAACCUCACCGACGACGUAGAAAAGUACCUGGACGUCUGCGACAAGUAUGGAAUUGAAACCGGUCUGACGCUGCCAGCGCAUUUCACGAAUUUGACGAAAUUCGGUCGAAGCAACAAGUUGGACUCCGUGAAGCACUUCCUCACGGGCGGCUCCACCAUACCUCAGUCUUUGAUCGACGAAUUCCGUUCGCUCUAUCCCCAUAUAUUUGUGGAAGUCGUUUACGGCUCGUCGGAGGCCGGGAUCAAUCUCAGAUCUGUCGAUCAGGAGAAUAUUCUGCACCUCGCCGUCAUCACGAACAUCGAAGUAAAGAUUGUCGAUAUCGACACUGAUGAAAUCCUCGGUCCGAACCAGAACGGCAUGCUCUAUUGCAGAUCACCCUCGGUAGCCCUGGGGUACUACAACAAUGAGGAAGCCACGAAAGAAGUUUUCAAGGAUGGCUGGCACAUCACGGGAGACUUGGCUUUCAGAGAUGACGAGGGAAGGGUGGUCAUUGUCGACCGUCUGAAGCAGCUCAUCAAGUGCAUGGACAAGCAAGUUGUCCCCGCAGACCUCGAAUUGCCUCUCAGCAAAGACAGGGAUGUACUCAAGGCCCUAGUCGGAGGCGUCCCUCACGAAGUUUACGGCGAAGCUGCCGUAGCCUUUGUGGUUCCACGGAAGACCUCGGAUUUGCAGCAAUUACGCCAGAGAUUGCUGAAAGAGGUGGAAACGAAGUGUGCUUUCUAUAAGCGAUUGCACGGAGGACUGUUCUUCGUAGAGACGAUUCCCGAAGGCGCCGGCGGCAAGUUCUCCCGGAAAGAAAUUGUGCGGAGACAUCUGAAGAAAGAGAUAGAGUAUAUCGAAUAAAACUCAGAGAAGUCGAACCGACGCUGAUUCAGGUGGAGCCCCACCGACCGGAGGCGUAAUAUACGGGUAUCGGGCAUUGCCUUGGCUCUAUCGAGAAUUGAUCAUCUGAGGAAUAAAGAAAAUUCUGAUUGGGAG